ACUAGAGGUCUAAUUCAUAGGUCUUCCUUGUCGGAAGGGUGGUCCAUGAUAUUUCUUGGAAGCGAUCGUUCCGUGGCUCUUCGUACUCAGCGAUUUUUAUACGAGAAAUAUAAGCAACGACCAGUUCAAGUUCAAACUUACGUUACAUUCAAAUCUCUUUUCUCGGCUUUGGCAGCUAUUGUUUUGGGUUUAAUAUUUGCAGUACUGGCUAGAUGGGAAUGCGGUCGCAAUUUAUUGCUAAAGUAUCCUACGAUUUUCUCCGGUGGUUACGUGAGUCACGAGGGCGGUAAACCGGAGGAUCUGGAGAAUUGUCACUUUUCCAUUACAUUUAAAGCAGAAGGAUGGUCCGAGAAAUUAGCUGAAUGUACUGAUAAACAUGAGAAUUCGCCGAACAAAGUACUAAUUACUAAAGUUAGUGGUACUGAUCCUGGAUAUGGUGCUACAUGCUCUAUGCUACUGCUCUCUGCUGUGAUGAUCCUUAAGGAGUCCAAUAAAAUCCCUGGAAAUGGUGGAGUACUAUCUCCUGGAGCUGCAUUCGGUAAAACAUCAUUGAUUGAAGAAUUAAACAAAAGGGAUGUAAGGUUCGAGGUUGUUUCCUCUCUCCAAAAGUAAUAUUUGUGCUAUAUUUGGGCAUAAAACUUUGCUUUGGGAUUGAAGUGUUGGGUGAAA